AUGACUACUUCUUUACAACAUUUGCUUCAAAAUGUUGUGGAGCCAGAAUCUCCCACCCCCGAAGCCAACUCCACAGUCCCCGGUGUGAGCGCACCAGCUUCAACCUCGAGAAAACGCCCUGCACCACGGGGGACUGCUGCAUAUCCUCGAAGACGUGCCGUCAAGGCGUGCGAGACAUGCCGAUCAAGAAGAACCCGAUGCGACAAUAAGAAACCGUCUUGUUCGUUUUGUGAGAAGGUUGGGGCAAAAUGUGUAACAGGUCCAACGGACUUUUCAUCCUUCGAUCCAGCCAGCUUGGUGAUCAUCGAACGACUUGAUCGAAUCGAGCAGUUUCUGCGAUCUGAACCCAGUGACGAAUCGACAGCAAAAGAGAGCACACGCAAGGAACAAGAUUCUCCCGCAAAUAUCGACUCCCCGGUAUCGAAUCCACCAAAUGGCCCUGAUUUUAGCACCUUCACGAUUGAAACCGUGUUAUCAUGGCCUGUAUUCCAAAACCGAUUUGAUUCACGCUUGGACUUGAAAGCUUUGCUCAACCAUGAGGUUUUGGAUGCUCCAAGCGCAAUCGUUAAUUCACCAAUUGAGAAUUUUCUGGCAAAGGACCUCGAGCCUGGUGCAUACACUAGACUGCUGAAUACCUUCCUUAAGCAUGUCCAUCCUGCCAAUCCCAUCUUGGAUGUUUCCCUACUUUGUCAGUACGUUCAACAAGCAUGUAUCAACGGGAUUCAGUGGGAUGCGCCGUCUUGUCUCGUGCUCCUGGUGUGCGCACUUGGCUCAAUCGCAGAAGCCUUUCAUUCUCAGCAUCAAAGCAACUCGAUGUUCUCCCGAAACUCUUCUAGCUUCAUUAUGGCGAGAUCCUACUUUGAGGCUUCUCAAAAGCGCAUUGGUCUUUUACUUAGCCGAAAUGGGAUUUUAGAAGCCCAAUGCUUUUUCUAUUCCGGUGUCUAUUUAAUGACACUACAGCAACCUAUGGCAGCUUGGAGGUUUUUUGUUCAGGCGGCUGCAAUUUCACAAGGAUUUGACUUUCCAAGAAAAUAUCAACAAUCCGAGAACAAAGGAUUGACCGGAGCUAGACAUGACCGGGUGUCGCAGGAAAGUGUAUACUGGACAUGUUUAAAAUCUGAACUGGAAGUCCGCAUGGAAUUGUCCCUUCCUGGCUUUGGACUACAAGAUCUAUCCUACCCUACAUCCUUCCCUAGUCCACCGUUAGAGAAUCUAGAAGAGGACGCGGCGAGGGCUUGGUAUUACUAUCUUGCUGAGAUUGCACUCAGGAGAUUGGCAAAUCGAGUUCUCUAUAAUCUGUUCCAGAACCAAGAAGAGGGAAGAUUCCCUCGAAUCUCUCUGAUGGUGGAUUCCGUUAUUGCCUUUGAGAAGCAGGCGGCUGACUGGAUGACCUCUCUCCCUCCGAUGUUUUCUUUAGCAACACCCGAAGCGGAAGACGACGUCCUGAAAUUCGUGCUUCGCGGUCAUCUCCUAGACUGUUACGAAUGGAUGUACUUUCCAUUCAUGCUCGAAGCAAUCAACUACAAUAGACGAGACCCUUUGCUCGACGAGUAUACCACAAAGGGACUGGCCAUGUCCGUGGAGCGCAUCCACAAAAACAAGCCUGGCUUUUACCAUCGUCACCAUGGCGCAUGGUUGAUGCUCCGCUCUUGCACGCGAAGCGCCUUGAUUUUACUUGCUGCCUCGCAUAGCGAAUAUGUGCAAGACCUCGUUCCAGAAGGAUGGAAGGAAGCCGUCUUCAGUACGAUGGAUAUGCUUCGUUUUUGGGAGGAUGAGGUCGGCGAUGCUCGCGAUAGACUCCAAAUUCUCACGGAGUUGAUGUCAGAUUUAGGUUAUAGAAUGUGAUUCAUGGCGUAUAUAGAAAUAUAGACAUAGCGAAGUACUAAAUGCUCAUCUCACACCGCGAGAGAGUGUCUUACAUUGGAUAACAAUAUCUCAAAACCUGG